AUGGAUGACCUUAAACUAUAUGCUAAUUCAAAGCAGAGUCUUGAUAAGCAGAAAGAGGCUGUAGCAUCGAUUUCACGUGACAUGAACAUGCAAUUGAAUGCUAAGAAAUGCGCCGUAGCACAUUUUAUUCCGAAAAAGUUGCAGCAUGAGGUACUUGUGGGCACACACUCUACAAAGGAUAGAAACUUAGGUUUCCCGCUGCUGGAGGGUGCGGAGCUUUAUAAGUAUCUAGGAAUGGAGCAGAAAAUUGGAAUAAAAGAAUCCGAAGCAUGGGAUCGUGUUGAGGAACUUUGCUACAAAAAGGCCCAUCAGUUGUGGAAUUUCGAUCUUAAUUUUCGACAGAAAGUGAAUUCCUUCAACUCCGCUGUCCUACCCGCGUUAACCUACGUAAUGAGCUGCGUAGCAAAAGGAAGCGGUAAAUAUUCAAGUGUCUUAAAACGAGGUACGCGUAUCGAUGUUAAGUUUCGGAAGAUCCUUACGAAACACGAAGCACGAUACAAGUCUUGUUGUGCUGGUAGAAUAUAUCUACCAGUAGACAAAGGAGGAUAUGGUUUAAGAUCCGUCAGAGAUUCCUUCGAGGAGUCAACCAUAUACUCCUGGGCGUAUUUAUGUACGAAAGCUGCUUUAAGAAGCUCAUUAAAUCUGUUUGUCACUAUGGUUAGCCGGGGGAAACGAUGCUUAGUUAGUGAUGCAUUGGGUAUAUUAAAGUCCUAUAAGAUCAAAGUAGUGGUAGACAAAACUCAUUCAACUGUCAUCUUGGAUGAAGUUGAAUAUACUGAUGCCAAAUCACUGGCACGACAAGUGGUUUCGUUAAUGCGUACUGCUAAUAUCAACAGGCGGUACGAAUGUUGGCAAGAACUGACACGUGCGGGGCGUGUUCUACGCUCGACUAGCGGCAUAGAUUUGACGGAUUCCUUCCUGUGGUUCAAGGAAGGUAAGUUAUCAGCUAUUGCAGUCAGAAAUGUACUAGCAGCGCAGGAAGGGUGUCUCUUGACCAUAGUGCACCCAGCAUUCAAAAAUAACAACGGUGAUAAGAGCUGUCGAGCAUGUAAAAAGACCACUGAAACAAUUGAACAUGUGAUCUCCAGUUGUACGAAGUGGCUGUCAAAUUUAUAUAUCGAUCGGGAUGAUUCAGUACCGAGAAACGUACAUUAUAAGUUAUGUCAACUACAUGGUUUACCCAAUGGUCACUACACGCAGAAAGUGGAUCCGGUUCUAGAGAAUGAUAGUACGAAGCUGUAUUGGAAUGAACCAGUCCAGACGAAAGCGAUCAUUCGCCAUAACAAGCCAGAUAUUAUAGUCUUUGAUAAGAUUAAGAGAACGGCUCUAAUCAUAGAAAUCGCAGUAUCAUGGUUUACGGGUAUAUCGCGACAAAAGGCUAUAAAAGAAAAUCGCUAUUGUGUCAAUGGUAAUUGGGAGGACGAUUUGGCACUGCCUUAUCCUUGGGGAGACAAUCUUCAACGUGAGAUGCAAACUGCAGGAUGGAAGGUAUCAUUUCUACCGAUAAUCAUUGGGGCAACCGGCGAGGUGCUUUCGGAAUUAAAACCUAGCAUGAUGACGAUGCUCGGACUCACCAGGGAGCAAACCGAGUAUUGUAUAGAAAGAAUGCAACGCAGUGCUGUCUUAGGAACAAGUAGGAUCAUUAAAAAUCACUUAGCUUCACAGGGAUAG